UUACGUCUACUAAUUUUUUCAGGCUAGUUUUUUUCUUGUAAUACAAGUACAGCUAAAUAAAAAUGCAUUUUUCCAUUUAAUUACAACACAAUUAAAUUGGUUUUAACUUUUUUAUAACCUUUGGACGCGAAUGGACAACUUGAGUUAACAAGUGGGUGUUGUCAAUUGUCACUAUCAUUUUUAAUCAUUAUUUACAAAGAAAGUUGUAUUAAUUACUUGUUGUGUAUUCCCUUCAUCGCAAUUAGCAUUAUUCAUUAAUUUUCCACCAUUUUACUGCAGUGUCACCAGAACCCGAUUAUCAACCGAUAAGAUGAUGUUAUCAAGGACUAGACUCUUAACUCCAAGGACUUUCAAGGGGCUGUAUAACCGCCUCCAAAACCAGGCUCUCACCAUGUCACACGUCGCGGCCCCGCAGCCCCAGAAAUUGCCCCAUUUACCGGUCCCCAAAUUGAGUCAAACUUUGGAAAAGUAUUUAAAAUCAGUUGAACCCUUUCUAAAUGAGUCGGAACUGAGCAAUACCAGAAAAGUGGUCACUCAGUUUCAAUCUGAGGAUGGUCUUGGCCCCAAAUUGCAAAAACUAUUGGUCGAAAAAGCGCAAGAAACGGAUAAUUGGUUGGCUGAUUGGUGGCUUACAACGGCCUAUUUGGGGUACAGGGACCCUGUCGUGGUUUACUCCAGUCCUGGACUGGUUUUUCCCUUCCAAAAAUUUGGUUGUGAGGAACAACGGCUUGAAUAUGCGGCCAAGUUGAUUGCAGGGGCCCUCAGCUACAAGGAACUAAUUGAUAGUGGCAAAAUGCCGGUUGAGAAGAUGGGAAAGGAUCCACUCGACAUGAAUCAAUAUAAGAAAAUUUUUGGCACUUGUAGGAUUCCAGGUGUUAAAGUUGACCAUUUAGAGUACAAUCCGCAAUCGAGACACAUCGUAAUUGUCCGAAAUAAUAACUUUUUCAAACUUCAAGUCAUAAAUGAAUGUGGGAAGAUGCUCAACACUGGCGAAUUAAUUAGUUGUCUGAGUGAAAUUGUGCAAGAAUCACAACAGAUGGGGCCCCCUGUUGGAAUCCUAACUAGUGAGAAUCGAAACAAUUGGGGGAGGGCCUACCAAGACCUCACGCUAGAUAUGACGAGUUUAAAGUCAGUUCGUGAGAUUCAAACCUCGUUAUUUUUGGUUUGCUUGGAUAAAGCGUUGCCAAAUUGUGGCGAGAGUGAGAGAGUGAUAGCGAGUAAACAAUUUAUUCAUGGGGGAGGUAGUGGUGCCAAUGCUGCUAACAGAUGGUAUGACAAAACGGUUCAGUUUAUCGUCAGUGAAGAUGGCUGUGUCGGUUUGACUUACGAGCAUUCGCCAAGCGAAGGACAGCCAAUUGCUGUCAUGACUGAUUACAUUGUUGAUUACAUUAAAAAUGACACGUCAAUCCAACAUCCUGAUGUAAGGUUUAAUGGAGAACCAGAAAAGUUACAAUUUAAUAUUGAUGAAAGCGUACAAAAGGCCAUCAGUGUUGCCAGCGCCAAUGUUGAUAAACUUGCCGCAAAUUUGGAUUUGGAUUCGUUUCAGUUUGGUUGUUAUGGGAAAGAGUUUGUCAAGUCGCAAAAAAUGAGCCCCGAUAGUUUUAUCCAAAUUGCGAUUCAAUAUGCCUUCUACAGGAUUCACAAGGUGCCAGGCGCUCACUACGAGUCCGCAGCCACCCGAAAAUACAUCCACGGCCGCACUGAAACAAUCCGCUCGUGUUCAAACGAAUCAAUCGCCUUCGCUAAGGCCAUGUUAAGCGAUUGCAAAUCCGACAGCGAAAAAGUGUCAGCUUUGAAAGAAGCCGUCAACGCCCACAAAAAAUAUUCAAUCGAGGCUGUGAAUGGUUUUGGAGUUGACAGACACCUCCUUGGCUUAAAACUAACAGCGCUUGAAAAUAAUCUACCAAUCCCGCAACUGUUUAGUGACCCUUCAUACACCAGAAGCACGCAUAUGAGAAUAUCGACGAGUCAAGUGGCCACAAAAUGCGAUGGUUUCAUGUGUUAUGCACCACUAGUGCCCGACGGUUAUGGUUGCUGUUACAACCCUAGAGCCAAUGACAUGAAUUUUGCCGUUUCGGCCUUUGUGGAACACCCAGAUACCACAGCUACACAAUUUCGUAAAGCGUUGGAAGAGAGCUUGCAAGAUAUGCACGACGUGUUGGCAAAAACGCAAAAAUCGAAACUUUAAUAAAUUUGUAUUUUGAUAAA